AUGACUGCUCGUUUCCCCGCCCAACAUGUCGACCCCUCUCCCCUGGGCCAACCCCUCCCCUUCGCCUUCUCCGGCCGCGUCGCUCCCAAUCGCUUCCUGAAAGGUGCCAUGAGCGAACGCAUGGCUUCCUUCACCAUGGAGGACGUCGCCGGCCGCGGCAUCCCCACCCCCGAACUCGUCACGCUGUACAAACACUGGGGCGAGGGCGAGAUCGGGCUCAACCUGACCGGCAACGUGAUGAUCGCCCCGGACCACCUCGAAGCAGCAGGCAACAUGGUCAUCCCGUCUGAUGCGCCGUUCUCCGGCGAGCGCUUCGAGCGCUUCACCCAGCUGGCCACGGACGCGAAGAAGAACGGGUCCCUGAUCGUCGCGCAGGUCGGACAUCCAGGCCGUCAGGUGGCGGAUUAUAUCCAGCCGAACCCUAUCAGCGCGAGCGACGUGCAGCUUAAGGGGGAGAUGUUUGGAAAUAAAUUCGCCCGGCCGACUCCCUGUACCAAGGAGGAUAUCGCAGCCGUCACGGAGGGGUUUGUCCAUGCGGCCGAGUAUCUUGAGAAGGCCGGCUUUGAUGGCAUGCAACUCCACGCCGCGCAUGGAUACCUGCUCAGUCAGUUUUUGUCGUCGACGACGAAUAACCGGACCGACGAGUAUGGUGGGGAAUUGAAGAAUCGGAUGCGGAUUAUCCUGGAGAUUCGGGAUGCGAUUGCCGCGCGGGUGAGCAAGGAGUUCAUCGUUGGGAUCAAGGUGAAUAGCGUCGAGUUUCAGGAUGAUGGGUUCCAGCCGGAGGAGGCGAAGAUUCUCUGCCAGGCGCUGGAGAAGCAUGAAUUCGACUUUGUUGAGCUGUCUGGAGGCACUUAUGAGAAGUGGAUGGGCGAUAUGAAGAGAGAAUCGACCGAGAAGAGAGAGGCAUUCUUCCUCGACUUUGCCCAACUCAUCGUCCCAUCGCUCACCAAGACCAAGUCGUACGUGACGGGCGGUUUCCGCACAGUCGAGGGCAUGAUCGACGCCCUGAAGAUCGUCGACGGCGUUGGACUCGGCCGUCCUCUUGCCCAGGAGCCAUAUCUCUGCUCGCAUAUUCUGGCCGGCAAGGUGGACUCGGUCGUGAUGCCCAACCUCGACCAGUACGACUUUUACACGACGGCCGUUGCAUCGCUGAUGCAGAUGAUCCAGCUCGGACGAGGCCAGCACCCGAUCAACCUGGGUGUGCAGGAGAACGUGCCUGUGUUCUACCAAGGCGUACAGGAAUUGGUGGCUGAGAAGACGAAGGACUUUACUGGUGUUUACUGGGGACCGUCCGUGAAGGGGUAUUCGGCUGUGCUGAACCGUGAUGUAUACUAA